AGGCCCGGUCACCAAGAGAGCAGCACCUGAAGAAACACAAGAAAAAAUAAACUUGAAGAUCGCCUUCAUUUGCUAAAAAAUAACAGUUUUGGAUGCCGACAUAGCCAAUUAUUAAUUAUAAUGUAUGUCUGGCAUCCAUAUUCUACGUAGAGAAAGGCGACAUUGUUAAAACUGGUCAUUUUAUCGAUCAGAAAAGGCGAAUUGUGACUGAGGUCCACGAAGUUUAGGUUGGAUACCAGAAUGCUGGAAUUGGAUAGAUGGCCGAUAUUCAGUCUCCUUUCUGAUGAUUUUCGAUUCUCCAUCAAGAUAGCAUGUGUGUUUGGCGGUGCAGGAAACGAGGCACUUGUCAUCACUCAUGAUGAUAAUGUGUACGCCAUUGGGUCUAACGGCAGUAGCUGUCUAGGUGUUGGUGACUCACAGAGUUCCCUUGUACCCCGGUCAGUUGAUGCUCUGUGUAAGAAGAAAGUUGUGUCUCUAGGGUUCGGAAGUGGACCACACUGUGUGGCUUUGACAGAACAUGGAGAAGUGUUCACCUGGGGCCAUAAUGGGUACAGCCAGCUGGGAAAUGGCAACACAAACCAGGGACUUUACCCAUCCUUGCUGACAUCUUUUCAAGGCAAAAACAUCACCCAGUUAGCAUGUGGCAGCCAUCAUACAUUGGUUCUUAAUGAUGAAGGGGAGGUUUAUGCAUGGGGGUAUAACAAUUGUGGUCAAGUUGGAUCAGGGUCCAUGACAAACCAGGGUGUUCCAAGGAGAGUCACAUCAGCGAUAAGUAGCAAGAAAAUAUCAGCAGUAGCGUGUGGACAGACGUCAUCCAUGGCUUUGUCAGACACAGGAGAGUUGUUUGCAUGGGGAUACAAUGGUAAUGGCCAGUUAGGUGUUGGCAACAACACAAACCAGCCGAGUCCAUGUCGGGUGAUUGGCUUGGUUGGAACUGUCAUAAUUCAGAUACUGUGCGGUUAUGCUCAUUCACUGGCGCUGUCUGAUGCUGGCUGCAUAUACUCAUGGGGGGCAAACUCCUAUGGGCAACUGGGAACAGGCAACAAGGCCCAUUUGGUCACACCUACUAAGAUCGCUGUCGACAAAGGAAGAUUCGUAGAAAUAGGGGCCAGUCAUUAUAGUCACAUGUCAGCGGCUGCUACAGCAACAGGGAAGGUUUACAUGUGGGGCCAGUGUAAGGGCCAAGCUGUUAGUUCUCCCAUGGAGACGAGAUUCUCAAGGAUCGACACUGUUUUCACGUGUUUCGCUACCCCUCCUUCCAUGUUCAGGCCUCUUGUUGUUGAACACGUUGAUGAGAAGUCUGUGGGGAAGUGUGUGGGAAACUCUUUUGACGAUGCAGAGACGAGUGACUUGACCUUCAUGAUCGAGGACAGACCUGUCCAUGUGCACAAGUCCAUGCUUAAAAUCAGAUGUGAACACUUUCGCAGCAUGUUCCAGUCGCACUGGAAUGAGGACGAAAAGGAUGUGAUUGAGAUUACGCAGUUCUCCUACCCCGUCUAUCAUGCCUUUCUCAAGUACCUGUACACAGAUAGAGUAGAGCUCUCUCCAGAAGACGCUAUUGGCCUGCUAGACCUGGCAAACUCGUAUUGUGAAAGCCACCUAAAGCAACUGUGCGAGCGAAUUAUCAAGCAAGGGAUCACAGUUGAGAACGCCGCCAUGCUAAUGGCUGCGGCAAUCAAAUACGAAGCAAAGAAACUGGAGGAUUUCUGUUUCCAGUUCUGCGUGAACCAUCUGACGGCGGUGACGCAAACAGACGCGUUUGCGCAUCUCGAUGACGUCACAGUAAAGAAUUUCAUCAAAAGGGCGGGAAACUGUGGUGCAUUCAAAUACUGAAUUAAGGACAAGAGAAGCAGCGCUAUAUAACAGACGCCCUCUAUAUUACGAACACGACUUCCCGACUUCACAUUCUCCAGUAAACUCGACUAGGAACACUCCAUAAAACAGACACGUUGACCGGUCUCGGGAGUGUCGGUAAUAUCGAGGUUCCACUGUAUAACGGACACAUGCUUUGGCCCCAAGUGCGUCCGUAAAAUGUAGGUUUCACUAUGACCAAUACUUGCCUGCCAUUGUAAGGCCAAUACUGGUACCAUUAUUAUGAUAGUUAGGAAAGGUCUCAAAUUGUGGUUAACAUUUCGAAUUAUUUCGGGCAAGUAAUCAUAUUGUACCUAGACAACAUAUGAUACGAGCAGAAACGUUCUACAAAUAUAAAAAAUAUAUAUCGCUUUAUUGCAUUCAGUAAUUAUCGUGUAACAUGAGUUUGUGUAAUAGUAUAUAUGUUGUAUGUAUUAUAUAUUAUAUGUUAUUAAUAUUGGACAACAUUUUGCUGUAGAAUUAACAUUUAUUGUAAGGACAGCGUGGAAAAUAUGUUUCGCAAAUAAUGUUGCGAGGUUAAAAAAAGAAAAAAAAGUAUCGAGCAUCCACCAAAUAGCCCUGAUUACCCCCUGUGUUUAUUACCAUAAAUCAAUUUUUAUACAAAAUAAUUAUCAAAAAUCAUUACGUCUAAACAAACUAAAUGAAACGGAAGUCUCUGGUCCGUUAUCAGAUUCGUUAAAACAGCAAAAACGCGUGCCUUAUCUAAGUUUAUAUAUUAUCUUCCUGGGGUAUGUACAAGGAUGACCUUACACACGGUUUUUGUACUGUAACCUAAUCCAAGGCCAAAUCCCUUACACACGGUUGUACUGUUACCUAAUCCAAGGCCUAAUCCCUUGAGCUUGCUACGCAGACUACGCAGAAUUAUUAUAGGAUGGCAUUUCAGUGACGAUUUUGGAUGUUAUACCAUCCAUAUACUAUUCACACGUUGCGCCUAGUGACCUAUGAAAAUGUAAACAAGGGAGGGUUUAGUAGACACAAAUAUAAUAAAGAAAAAAACAUAAGUUGCAA